AUGAAGAUUGUGAAGGGCCUUGAGGAGAAGUUGUAUGAGGAGCAACUGAGGUCACCUGGCUUGUCCAGCCGGGAGGAGACUGAGGGGAGACCUUACUACAAUCCACAGCUUCCUCAUGAAGGAAGUGGAGGGGCAGGUGUCAAUUUCUUUUCUCUGGGGAACAGUGACAAGACACAAGGGAAUAGCAUGAAGUCGUGUCGGAGAAGGGAGGCGGGGGGAGGAGACAACAUAAGAAACUCCAUUUCUCCGCGCACCGCGGGCACAACGGCAAAGGACCCACGACCCGGGAGCCCCGGGGGGCGGCGGGGCGAGGGCGGCCGCUCCCUCCGUGCGCGGCCGCACGGCUGUGCCCGGGGGGUCCGGCCCUGCAGGGCGGGCGGCGCGCAGGCCUCGGCGCCGGGCAACGCGCCGCCUCCCCCGCAGAGGCGCCGGGGCGGGCGCGCACAACCAGAAGGGCCCUGUUUUCCCCCCCGGCCUUUCUGGAAAGUUUUCUCCCCGGUCGACAGGCUGUUAAACGCCCCUGCCUGGAGACGCAGCCCCGCUGCCGCCUUCUCCCGCCCAUCCCCGAAGCAGCGGCUGCGGUGCCCGAGCACGGCCCCCGUACCUCUGAGGCGGCAGGCGGGCGGGCAGCCGGGUCAUGCCUCAGGGCUGGGCCAGGCCCGCCUGCCCGCCUGUCCUUCCCUCCGCCACCAUGUCACGCCGACCAAACAUGUCUGUGCGCCUGUCUGUGGCGGUGGUGACUUCCUGAUCCGCCGCCGCUCGCACAGGCGGAGGGACGGGAAAGGCCACCCCCCGCCCCCGCUGCCGCCUCCCCCCUCUGCCCCGCAGCGGCCCUUGGACCGGCUCCGCUGCCCACUGGCCCCGCCCGGCAGUGUCUGCAGCAGCGCCCCGCCGCCCGCCCCCGCCUCCGGCAGGGCACAGAACUUUUCCAGGUGCCAACCACCGCCGUCCCCUCUCCCGACAUAG